CUCGAUCCUGGGUGAGUUUCGCCGCAACGAACACUGGGGUUCCUACGAGGCCUGCAGACAGUCUGUGCAGCAGAGCGAGCCGCACGGCAGCCCGCCACAGCCGGAGGUCCCGCCGGUGUCCCCGAUGCGACCACGGGAGAGCGUGAGAAGCUGCUGUGACCGGCCGAGCCGCAGGUGAGUGUCUCCGCCGACCAGUGACUUUGCCGUGGAUUAGCCCACAGACGAGCGGGCGGAAUAAUUCUGGUGUACACUUGAGAUGGACCAACUUGACGGCAGAAGUGCGCACGGUGUCGCGCAGUACCGGGGGUGUAUAAAAAGUAAACAUGGCAGUAGCGCCAGCGGGGAGUUUGAGCCAACAGGCGCAGUUGGUGUUCACCCGGAACGUACUUGCAUCUGGACAUGGAUUAUUGGUGCCCGUCUUCGCCGCUCUGGAUUUAGUUAAGACACUGCACAGCCCCGCGCCUCCUUCCGCCCCCUCCCUGGUGAAGUGAGUGCGUGCGUGCGUCGAGAACAGGUGGAUCCUGCUUUUGUGUUCGGCUGUAUCACCUCUCAGCCACCUGUCACCCUUAUGGGGAACCAGGUGGAGAAACUUACGCAUCUAAAUUACGCAGAGGUGCCGACGUCGGACCCGAAUGGGUUCGACCCGGACGACGACGGACCGCGGAUCGGGGUCUCUUACAUUUUCUCCAACGACGACGAUGACGACCAGGACGACAAUUUGGACCACUUUUCAACGGAAAACCACACGGUAAGCCACGGAGAGAAGCCAUUCGACUCUCGGGACGAGCUGGAGUGCGCGAUUUACUACCGAGAGGAGUGCGUCUAUGAGAGAAACGCCGGAGCCGCGACGCACUCUGCAGAAAGUCUCCUGAACAAGUGCAGACCGGGAGACCUGCUGGAGUUUGUAGCCACCGGACAGUAUCCGCACUGGGCUGUUUACGUCGGGGACUUCCAGGUGGUUCAUUUGCACCGGGCUGAGAUAAAGAACAACUUCCUCACCGAUGUGAGCCAGGGCAAAAACGGCAGGAUAGUCAACGACCUCUACAGAUACCGUGCGCUCCCGCCGGAGGUGAUUGUGCGCAACGCUCUGGACCAUGUGGGGUCGAGAGACCAAGAGCUGUACUGGAGGAACUCGGAGUGUUUUGCCGCCUGGUGCCGCUUUGGCAAACGGGAGUUCAAAAUCGGAGGCGAGAUAAGGAUUGGGAAGCAGCCGUACAGGUUAAAAUUACUGUUUUCCGAGAAAAAGAAUCACGUCCUGGAAUUUCAGAGCCUGGAGGACGUGAUCAUGGAAAAGAGGAGGAACGACCAGAUUGGCAAAGAUGCUGUGAUGCAAGAGCUGGCCGGCCACCUGAACGCAACGCAUGAAAUCAAAGAGGAGCAUUUUGUCAACUGAUAUUGGAUGCCCUGGUCAGCGGGUGAGGAUGUGACCUUCAGUGGGAAAUCCACAGUUUCAUGCUCUCAAACAGAGCAUGUGUGUUGGUGAGCAAACAUUUCUGCCUCCAAUCUGACUAUGAGCCUGUGAGCAUGUGCCCCACUGCAAACAAAUGUCCAUCUUCAGAGGGAGUGAAAAAUAUUUUCUCCAAAGUGAGAGGAAACGCUCUGACAUCUGGGGCGACACCUGUUCCAGUCGCAGUUGCAUUAGCGAAGCACAUGACACGGGUCAUAUCAAAAUCCUCAUCUUCGUCAGUUGAUUUGCAGCGAAAACCAAUGAAAGUGACAUGCCCCGCUGGAAGAUUUCCUUCCUCUUUCUAAGAAAAAUAAGAUUUUACACGCUCAACACAAGAUAUAGUGACUUAUAGUGCUGGAUGUAUUAGCAUCGCAGCUGCACCUGCAGUCUAGUCAUUUGGGGAUGAAGUCAGAAUUGAAUUUCCAAUAAUUAUCUUUUUAAUCAAAUGAGUCUUUGCACAGAGGAGCAAAACCUCUCCAAUGUACUUAUACCUGACGAGAGCGCUGAAAGCGGUAGCUCCUGUACAACUCAGGUGUUGGAGACCAAUACUGAGUGGAAGAAACACAACUACAGCUUUUCUAAUCUUGUGUCAACCUUGAGGAUUCCCUUCUGUUGCUUUAUAUCUGAUCAUCACACAGCUUUACCCCCUCUUUGAUAUUUUUGUGGACACGGUUCAUGGCUAUGACUGUGCACUUUUGUUGAUUCAUCCCUUUCGGCAGUUUAUUUUUUUGGAAAAAAAAGAUGUUUGUAUGGAGAAAUAUGGAAAUAAAUCUAUAUUUGAACAGUAA